AUGCCGCGAACAUCCUCCUGGUGGGAGAAAACAAAAGGAACCUCCAAAAAAGGCUUCGACAAAACAUGGUCCACCCUCGAUAAACUGGGCGAUCCCGUCAAUCGUCUAUCCUACCGAUUGGGCGCAGAAGCCUUCUGGCCCAUGUCGCUCGACAAAGAGUGCGACAAGGCCGCUCGCAUUCUUCGUUCAUUCUGUAAAGAUGGUUUCUACGCCGAAGAUGAAACACCCGAUACGACUUUCGACGGCAAAAUCGAUAAGCCCAAGGGCAAGCAGCGCGUGAUACAGAGGAUUCCGACCCAGGUCAUCCAGCGUGCGCAGGGUCUUGCUAUUUUCACUACUAUGCGCUCUGGGCUUUGGAUGAGUGGUUCCGGUGGCGCUGGUGUGCUUCUCGGCCGUAUUCCCGAGACUGGUGAAUGGAGCCCGCCGUCGGGCAUCAUGCUGCAUACAGCUGGUGUUGGGUUUCUGGCUGGUGUCGACAUUUACGAUUGCGUCGUGGUUAUUAAUACCCCCGAAGCGCUUGAGGCCUUCAAGACUUUCCGGUGUACCCUGGGAGGCGAGAUUAGUGCUUCCGCCGGCCCCGUUGGUGUGGGUGGUAUUCUCGAGUCCGAGGUGCACAAGCGACAGACACCCAUCUACAACUACAUGAAGAGUCGGGGGUUCUAUGCUGGUGUACAAGUCGAUGGGACAGUCAUCAUAGAGCGAACGGACGAAAACGAGCGCUUUUACGGGGAGCGUCUCUCUGUUACCGAGAUCCUUGCCGGCAAGGUCCGCCAUCCGCCAUGGGAAAUCAAUGGCCUCAUAAAGACGAUCCAGGCGGCGCAGGGCGAUAUAACCGAUGAGAGCGUGUUGCCGGAAGGUGAGACACCAGGUGAUGCGGUUCUACAGCCCGGUGGGAUGUUUGGCGUCCCUGCCAUCGACGACCCGGAUCCUUUUGGUGUCAAAGCCUUAGAGGAACAGGGUCUGUUUAUCCGCGAGGCCGGCACCAAAAAUCGACCUAGUCAAGAUGUUUUUGAGUUCAAACCAAACCCGAAUAGCCCUGUCUACAGCACCUUCGCUGCAGCGACCCGUGGCAGUCUAGAAAGUUCGCCCCGGAAUAGCUGGCGUGCCAGUGUGCAGAGCUAUGCUAGUGUCGACCGUGGUGUCCAGACUGAUGAUCUUCCAACUGCCCCGACAUCAGCCAGUCGCGCAUCUUCCCGGAGUCGGUUCUCACCGGUCGACAAGGAUGCCAUCAUUCCCGAGCAUCGUCAGCUCACGAUUUCGACGGACCGGGACAUCGACCGUGCAUCUGUCAUAGAGGAUGAUCUCGAGGUCCACGAAGUCAGCAGCGCUACCGUUUCCAAGCGAGGCAGCACUAUGGAGGACUACUUCAACCAGCCGCCAUUAGCCUCUCCCACCGGAUCCCGUCGUCACUCCCCCACCUUCACCCGUGCCCGUUUGGUCACUAUCCCCAAGCGCAUCCCUCCGCCUCUUCCUCCUCGCCAUCCCCAGCGAUCUACCUCUUCCUCGACUCCAGUGUCGCCGGUGUCGCCAAUUGCAGACGACAACCGGUCUGUGGCAUCGGCCGGUCUCCUGAACGGGUUCUCUGAGCUUCCUCUUCACUACAUGUCGAGCAACUCCUCGAGCAUCUCCCAGACGCUCCAGGAAAAGGAUGAAUUCCACUCGAUCUCCAGCGAGUCAUCGGAUCGCGAGUCGGACAACCAGUCGCACGAGUCGAAUACCACCAACGACUUCCAUGAGGAGCCUCAUGCUAUCACCCACGACUCGAAGAUCGAGAUGUCGUCCUACAACAAUGUUGUGCAUGCGCAGACUACAUAG